CCUCUGGAGGUGUUCGUUUUUCUUUUUCCUUCCUAUGGUGUGUUCCUUCAUUCAAAGUCAACCCCACCAAAGACUAAUAAGUACGGACCCUCCACUGUCGGGAUCGGGAGAAGAUAUUACAAUUUGGGGUAUGGAACCAGACGGAAAGUUCAAGUUGCGAUCAGCAUACUCAGCGGCAGUGGAAUGGCUGAGCGACGGGGAGUGUGAGACGGAGGAGGCAAACGAACAACCUCACUGGAAACGACUU